AUGGAGCCUCACUCGGAUCAAGAUAGUGGAGGGGUGGAAUCAAAAAAAGGCGAUAAGCAAGGCAAUGGUUCCAAUACUCCGAAAAAGUCAAACAAAGCUCCCCCUGACCCAACUAAGGAAACGAAAAAGGUGGAGAAACCUCAUAGUGAAAAUGAGCUAGGAUACACAAAUGGUUGCAAGGUUGAUGCAUAUAAAGGGUUUUCCGCCAAGCAAUACGACGAGCCGGUCAUUCUUGUGAGCUACAAGGAGCCUUUGCCUAGUGGUUUCGAAGACAGGCAUGAUGAAAUAGUUCCUAUUCGCCUCAUAGCUAAGUCUGAUCCACAGGGACUCAUCAAUCAUUUGGUCGAGCUGCUGUCAGGUGGACGCGGAAACGUCACGAUCUAA